AUUAACAAAUUACGGAUUAAAUUAAUCUUAUUCACUGUGAUCACCACUUUCCAUGCCAAGAAUUAAGACUUUAUUAUUUUAUUUUUCUUUUGGAGCUUUAGCAUCUUUUUGGAAGAAAGAUUCGAAACGUAUCGUUUCGUAACAUCUACCGCGGUUAAUGUUGACCAAAACCUUGUAAUGAACCUUCAGGUCUUCUUCUUCACCAGUUCCUCCUCCUCUGUGCCUCUCUCUCUCUCUCUCUGUCUCUUUUUUCUAUUCCGUUAAAUCUUGUUUCCUUCUUAAUUCAGCAUCUCAUUCUCUGUUUGAUUGCCAAGACACCACAGGAAAAUUGAAGGAGAUAUUCUUUCAAUUCUCGUAUGAAUUCUUUAGUUAAAAAAGAAAAAAAUCUGCAAAAUCGGAGCUUUUGUUUCAAAUAUUUUCUGCAAAAUCUACUUGUGUUUCACUUCUUUUUCAAGUUUAAACUCUUUCAACUGUUUAUCUGUCUGAUUUGUCCAUUUAUCAAUCAAUAUUUCAUUUGUUGUUUGGUUUCUAAGAAACCUUAGGCAAUUGAAUCAAAAUUGAAACACUUUUUUUUUGUCUCAAUUUAACAAUUUUUUCAGUAAUGGCUUCUUCUUCUUCUUCUUUUUCUCCUUCUCCUUCUUUCACAGCCACUGAAUGGAAAUAUGAUGUGUUUAUUAGUUUUAGAGGUAGAGACACUAGAAAUAAUUUUACAGAUUUUCUUUAUAAAGAGUUAUAUCAAAAGGGAAUUGAGACUUUCAUAGAUAAUAAACUUGAUAGAGGAGAAGAGAUAACUCCGGAGCUAUUAAAAACAAUUGAAGAAUCAAUGGUAGCUGUAAUUGUUUUCUCUCAAAAUUAUGCAGAUUCUCCGUGGUGUUUAGAUGAGCUUGUGCACAUAAUGGAAUGCAAGAAGGCUCAUGGGCAGAUUGCAUUGCCAAUUUUUUAUGGAGUAGAUCCUUCCGAGGUGGAAGACCAAACUGGGAAUUUUGGGAAAGGAUUCGAUAGAGCUAAAGAACAAGCAAACGGAGAUAUGCGGUUGGUGAAGAAGUGGAAAGCUGCUUUGAAGGCAGCUGCUAGUCUAUCUGGGUGGGAUUCAUCUGUUGUUAGACCCGAUGCCAAACUCAUCGAUGAAGUAGUCAAUCACAUAUUGAAGAAAUUGAAUCAUUCACCAUCAAGCGAUACUGAGGGACUGAUCGGAAUAGAAUCCUCCUUAGAGCAAGUGGAAAGAUUAUUAAGCAUUGAUUUUCCAGAUGUUCGUAUUAUAGGAAUUUGGGGCAUGGGUGGUAUAGGCAAGACCACUGUUGCUGGUGUUAUCUUUAAUCGCAUAUCUACUCUAUUUGAUGGUUGUUGCUUCCUUCCAAAUGUUAGGGAAGAAUCAGAGAAAAUGGGACUUCCUCGUUUACAGGAAGAACUUUUUUCUAUGUUGUUAGAGGAUGGCAAUCUAAACAUGCAUAUGCUCAGCACAGAACCCUCUUUUAUUAAAACCAGGCUCCGACGUAAAAAGGUUCUUGUUGUUCUUGAUGAUGUUAGUAGCUUAAGACAACUAGAACUUUUAGCAGGGAUCCAUUGGUUUGGUACUGGAAGUAGGAUCAUUGUGACAACUAGAGAGAGAGGGUUACUAGUUAGCCAUGGGGUGGAUUUCAUAUGUGAGAUCAAGGAUCUAAAUGAGGAACAUGCACUUGAGCUUUUUAGCCGGUAUGCCUUUAGGCAGAAACAUCGAACAGAAGAAUUUACUAAGCUCUCAAUGCGUGCUAUUGAUUAUUGUAAAGGCCUCCCAAUAGCACUUAAAGUUUUGGGUUCUUCUCUCUAUGGAAGGAGUGAGAGAGAAUGGAGUGCUUUACUCGAUAGACUAGAAAAACAUUUUAACAAGGAUAUUCAGCAAACCCUUAGAAUAAGCUAUGAUGCACUUGAUGAGUUAAACCAGUCUUUAUUUCUUGAUAUUGCAUGUUAUUUCAGAGGGCAUGACAGAAAUUAUGUAGAAAAAAUUCUAACGAGCUUUGGCUUCCAUCCUGAAAGUGGAUUAAGAGAGCUUACUGAUCAUUCUCUAAUAACUGUGUUUGACAACACUUUGGGAAUGCAUGAUUUGCUACAAGACAUGGGUCGAGAGAUUGUCCGCCAGCAAUCCAUCAAGGAUCCUGGAAAACGUACCCGGUUGUGGGAUCAUGAUGAUGUUAUUCAAGUGUUGACUCAAAAAUCGGGGACAAAACAUGUUGAAUGCAUUGUCAUAGACUUGUCUAAAACAGAUGAGAGGCAUUUCAGUGCUAAGGCCUUCAUGAAAAUGAAGAAUCUAAGAUUGAUUGAUGUCCAUGGUGCCUAUGGAGACCGCAAGGUGCACCUAUCUGGAGACUUCAAGUUUCUAUAUCAUGAAUUAAAAUGUCUCUCCUGGGAAGGUUACCCACUAAAAGAUUUGCCAUCAAACUUUAAUCCAAGGAAGAUUAUCAUGAUCGAUAUGCCUCGGAGCUCCAUUAGACAACUAUGGAAAGGAGUGUUGCACCUCAACAAGUUGCAAUUCAUAGAUCUCAGUCACUCCCAAUGCCUAAUUGAGACCCCAGACUUCACAGGAGUCCCAAAUCUUGAGGUCUUGAUUCUGGAAGGUUGUACCAGCCUCUCUGUAGUUCACCAAUCCACUGGACUUCUGAAAAAGCUUAUUUUGUUGAAUUUAAAGGACUGUCAUCGCCUUAAGAGCCUCCCAAGAAGCAUUGAAUUGGAAUCUCUCAAUGAGCUUCUUCUUUCAGGGUGCUCACAACUUGGAAAGUUUCCAGAGGUUGUGGGCAGUAUGAAACACUUAACAAUGAUUACUCUGGAUGGGACUGCCAUAUCUGAAUUACCUCUUUCAAUAAAAAAUUUGACCGGGCUUGUUUGCUUGAGCUUGAGAAAUUGUAAGAACCUUGGGAGUCUUCCAAGCAACAUCAAUUUUUUGAAGUCUCUGAAAAAUCUCGAUCUAUGUGGCUGUUCAAAGCUUGACAAGUUACCUGAGAGCUUGGGAUAUCUAAAAGAUUUGGAGAAGCUGGAUGUAGCUGAAACUGCUGUAAGUGAACCACCAUCCUCCAUUGCGCUGCUUGAAAAUCUGAAAGUAUUAUCAUUUCGUGGAAGUAAACCAAUUGUAUGGCAUUGGCCCUACAAGUUCUUUUCCAUAUUUAGAAAAGCACACGAUUCAGUGGGUUUGUCAUUGCCUUCUUUGAAAGGUUUACAUUCUCUGACAGAAUUGGACCUCAGUGACUGCAACCUUUCAGAGGAAAUGAUCCCUGGAGAUUUUCACUGCCUAACUUCACUUGAAGUAUUGAACAUAAGCAAAAAUAAUUUUGUAAAUAUGCCGGCAAGCAUCAGUCGACUUCCUCGGCUGCGAUAUCUUUAUUUGGAUGACUGCAAGAAUCUUAAAACUAUGCAAAAACUUCCACCAACUAUACAUGAAAUUUCUGCAAAUAAUUGCACCUCAUUAGAAGCGAUAUCUAGUCCAGAAGCAAUCACAGAUAAAUGGAAGUGGCCAAUUUUCUAUUUUACCAAUUGCUUCAGGCUUGCUGUGAAUCGAGGUGAUGACAGUAUGGCAUUCAAAUUUCUAAGAAGCCAUUUGCAGUUUUUGAAAAUGAGUCAGCUUCAGGAAGUCACAUACCAGGGCUGUAGAUUCGAUGUGAUUGUUCCUGGAACUGAAAUUCCAGACUGGUUCAGCCAACAAAAAAUGGGCUCAUCAGUUACCAUCCAAUUAACGGCAAACUGGUACACUGAGAAGUUUAAGGGACUGGCUGUAUGCCCUGUUUUUGCAUCCUUUGACAAUCAAGACUUGCUCACUGGUGGUCAAGCCUCAGACAUUGCCAUUUAUUGCAAGUUGGAAGCCAUCGGGUCGUCUGGGACCUCUGUCUUCAAAUUUCUGAUCUAUAGAGUUCCAUCGCUUCAGGCAGAUCAUCUCUGGAUGGGGUUUCAUUCCCGAAUUGGAUUUGGUACAUCAAGUUUGUUGAACAAAUGUCAUUCUCUUAGAGUGUCAUUCGAACCCUCUGCUCCAGGUGUGCAAGUGAAGAAAUGCGGAGUCCGUUUGGUGUAUGAUCAAAAUGAGAACGACUACAAUUCUAUCACUGCCAAAUCCAGCCAUUGUAAUGAGAAUUCAGACAUUGUUACUGGUGAGCCAAUGAUGGUAGAUGAAAGUGGCAAGUUGAAGAGAGACCAUGAAGGCUAUAAUGAGGCUAGACCCACUGAAACUGGAUGUUCUAGCAGGAGAGAGGAGCCAUACCCUAAACGCUUGAAAAAAUGCUAGCAAAAACCAGGUUUUCUACGAGCUUCUUUACUUGUACUUGCUUUAUUUGCAGUUUGUCAUUCAGUGAGGGUUCUAGUUUUUUUCACUUUGUCAGCCCUUCUCUUACCCCAUUACAACUUUCUUGAUAAUAUAUGUUUAUUGAAUCCUGUAUUUUACACAAUAGUUUAUAUAAUGCCUGUGGCUCAUAGACUA